AUGUUUUCCGUCAAUAACCCCGAGGCAGUUGGGGAAAAUCCAUCUUUCUUGAACGACACAACUGAAAUCGAUGAUCCUCAGACUCCGGACUGCAAUUUUAAGAGCCCAUCUCCAUUAUUCAGUAAAAUUAGUAAAAAAAUAAAAUCAAACGAUAAAGUGGAAGUGAUUGAGAACAAGAUGGACGAAGCAUUUACAAUUUUAAAACAAAUUACACAAACUCCGGCCAAAAAUAAGUGUACACUUUUUACCGAUUUACUUUGCGUUAAAUUAGAACCCUUAAAUAAACACAAACAAGUCAUUGCAAUGAAGGAGAUUGACAAUCUUAAGUUUCGGUUAAAACAUUCAGAUAACCGAAUGGUACAGCCUCAACCAUCCCAUUAUCAAUUUCAAAGUACCAAUAUCCCGACAUAUUCUCAACAGUUACACCAUGAUUAUUCAACAGCAUCAGCAUCAUCAUCUCUUCAGCCACUACCAUCACCAGAUUACAUAUCUUCUACGCCAUCUACAUAUUAUCAUCAACAUUAUCAACAAUUACAAAAACCAACACCAACAACAUUACAACAAAGUAAUGUAGGAGAAAAAAGUUUUGAUCAAGAUACUAAUUUUGGUUCAUCUUACUAA